GGUGUUCCGUAGUUUGCGUUUGAUCGUGGAGAUAUCCCCGCUGAAUAAGCAGUGGACAGCAGCCAGUGUCCGUGCGUGGGUCCCACGUGUUUUCGGCUCACUGCUGGGUCCGUGUUUCUCUCCGACAGAUCUGAUAAUUAUGGCGAAACGUCGCGCCGAGGACACUCUGCUGCACGACUCUCCCUCCAAACGAUGCUACCGCUCCCUGUGCUGCGUCGACCUGCAGCUGGAGAGCGUGGCUCCGUCCGGGGGUGUGAGUCCGCCCUCGCUGCUGGCUUUGCUGGGUAGCCGUUGCAGGAAGAGGCCGUACUACUUUGAAGACCCAGAAAAACAAGAGGAAGCCACUCUCUUUCGGACAACCACAAACUGCGACACCAGGAGGCUCCCUGCUGGUGUUUUGUCGGUGCAGACUUCUGGAAACUUCCCGGAGCGUCGCAGCUGCAGCGCAGGAACAAAAAGCAAGAAAAGACUUGUACAGUUCAGCCAGGGUCCAGAGACUGUUACUCGUAGAGACAAUGAUACGUCUGAUGGAGACGCAAACACUGAUGACUGCACCUACAACUCCUUCCAGUACUGGCGGGUCCCCUUACCCGAGCUUGAUCUCUCACUGCUAGAGGAUACCGGUGACCAUUCCCAAUCAAAGGAAAAACUGAAAACCAAAGACUCUUCUUCUGAUGCCAUGGAGACCUGAAGAUGAUGUGUAGAGCGUGGCUGCUCACCACUCAAAUGUGAAGAGGACAAUGUGGUGCUCUAUAGCAGAUAUCUACAUCUGCACUGUGAGGUUGCUUGAAAUGCAUCUAAGUGAGAAGCGACAACCGCAGUGGUAACAUAGUCCUGUCAGACUGAUGCAGGCUGUGGUAAUUGAGCCUCAUGCUGCUGGGACUUAAUGGAAGCAGCAACACUGCUCUUACAGUGGUGAAACUUUAGUAAAACUCUGAUGGGACGCCUGUUAAUCCUAAACUUAGAGAUCCAAAAGCUUUGUGUGUGACGCUUUUCAGACAACCUGAAGUGC